CAGAGUGCUUUCAGUUCUCUAUUCACUAAGAUCGACAACCUGGGAGAUGAACGUGGGGGAAUAAGAGGGGUUUUUUGCCCUCCUGAGACUCUUUCAUGACAACUGAAUGAUGAGAGAGCAGAACAGAUCCCAAAGGUGAACCAUGGCACUCCAUAACAGUCCUGCUUUGAAAGUGGUUAAGGACACUGAUCUAGAGGACUGGGAGGUGAUCGGAUCCGGAGGAUUUGGACAGAUCUACAAAGCCAAACACCGGCAGUGGUGUGAAUUUGUGGCCAUUAAGCUGCUUCAUUAUGACGAUGGGACAGGCCAGGCUCUACUGCAUGAAUUGGACAUGAUGCAACAAGGAUCAAACCGCCACGUCCUUCAAGUCAUUGGGAUUUUUAAGGGUCAAUCACCUUCUUCCGGGUCGUCAAUUCAGAUGGGGUUGGUCAUGGAUUUCAUGGAGCGAGGAUCAUUGGCUGACCUCCAGCAAACUUUACAAGGACCCCCGCCCUGGCCACUGGCUUUCAGACUGACUCACCAGAUUGCUCUGGGUAUCAACUUCCUCCACAGUCUCUCCCCUCCUGUGCUGCACUUGGACCUCAAGCCCAGUAAUGUGCUGCUGGACUCGGAUUUAAACGCCAAGCUUACAGAUUUUGGCCUCGCCAGGUUUUCCAGCAGCAUCACUCGAACUUCCAAGAAGAACAGCAACGAUACAGGCGGCACCAUCAGAUACAUGCCUCCAGAGGCGUUCGACACUUCUUACAAUCCCUCACGGGCCUUUGAUAUCUACAGCUUUGGUAUACUGCUGUGGUCCAUUGCAACAGGAAAAAAACCAUAUCCAAAUGCCUUGUCCGCCAUAGUGCCUAUCCGCAUCCCGAUGGGAGACCGUCCUUCUCUGGACGACAUCAGGUGUACGGAUGCCGGAGUGGCGGGACUGACAAGACUCAUCGAUCUCAUGCAGGAGUGCUGGCGCUCAAAUCCCAAACAAAGGCCUUCCUCCCGUCAAUGCACAACUGUGAUGGAAGAACUGUUCAAGAUGCACAAACCCGCAAUUCAUGAUGCCGUCCACCAAGUCCUGCAGAAACUGGACCAAAAUGAAAAAGAGAAGAUUACACAAGGGAUGACAAAGCUUUCUGUUACUGAGACUUCAGCAGAACCAGUAAGAGCUGCAGCGGCAAACAUUUGUGACAAUGUGCGGACAGGACCUCCGCCGGUUCAGGAAAUAGCCAGUGUUUGGCCAGGAAAUCAAGGGGACAAUGCAACAGUUGAAGAUUUAUCACCUGGCAGGGCUACAGAUGUUGAUCAGGCCCGCCGAGCAGCAGACCCUGAAAUGAAGUCGUCCUCUGUAGAACCCACUCUUUUUCCAUCCAACGACAAAGCAAAAAAUCAGCCUCUGUUACUUCUGUGUCAGCGUCAGUUUUCCAGCCCCGGCACUUUAAACAUUCACUGCUCCAGUGUGACUGGACUGCAGUUUGGACACAACAACACGAUGCACAUCAGCCUCUCUGGCUCCUCGGAGAGAAAGAGGCACCCAACGGCGCCAUCUACUGUCAGCUCAUCACAACACCGCACAAGUACAGCUAAUCCAUAGUUUCCCAGAACAGUUUUUUUAUUCUCUUUUUCAAAUAAAACAAGAUAUUUGGUUUA